GGAAGAAUAUUAAAUCUACAAAUGAGGGUGUUCGCCCAUAUUUCAUUGUGAUAAAGAAGGUACCUGAAUAUGAGAAUGUGAAAGCAGCAAACGGAACCCAGGGAGAGAGUCCUGAGAGUCGACAGUUUUAACCUGGACAACCAUUGGGCUUCACAGUAUUCGUGAAGGGGAAUAUCCAAUGCUCAGCACCCAACAGAAAAUCUAUAGCACCCAAAAGAACAUCUUUAGCACCCAACAGAACAUCUAUAGCACCCAAAAGAACAUCUAUAGCACCAAAAAGAACAUCUGUAGCACCAAAAAGAACAUCUGUAGCACCCAAAAGAACAUCUAUAGCAACCAACAGAACAUCUAUAGCACCAAACAGAACAUCUAUAGCACCCAACAGAACAUCUUUAGCACCCAACAGAACAUCUAUAGCACCCAAAAGAACAUCUAUAGCACCAAAAAGAACAUCUAUAGCACCCAACAGAACAUCUAUAGCACCCAAAAGAACAUCUUUAGCACCAAAAAGAACAUCUGUAGCACCAAAAAGAACAUCUGUAUAACCCAAAAGAACAUCUAUAGCACCCAACAGAACAUCUAUAGCACCCAAAAGAACAUUUUUAGCACCCAACAGAACAUCUUUAGCACCCAACAGAACAUCUAUAGCACCCGAAAGAACAUCUUUAGCACCCAAAAGACCAUCUAUAGCAACCAACAGAACAUCUUUAGCACCCAAAAGAACAUCUAUAGUUAUCUGCAAAGGUCCCACAGGCUACAGGCAGCAUAGUAACA